GCUUUUUUUUUUUUAUAAAUAUUUAUAUUUGGUAAUUCUUCCUUAUCUAAACAAAUGUCAGAGUUAAGAUAUAGGGAAUCUUCCAGAAAUAAAAUACAAAAAUGGAAUAAUGUUGUGAACCUGGAAGAUACUAAAAAACAAAAAGCAACAACAUAUAACAAUAGUCAUGACAUUCAUAUAGCGAUCAUCUUGUUUAUUAUAUCCUUGCCUGCUCGAUUCAGGCAUUUAGCAUUCCCAGAUCAAGUCAUUUUUGAUGAAGCUCACUAUGGUAAAUAUGUUAGCUAUUAUAUCAAACAAAAGCUCUUUUUCGAUGUUCAUCCUCCUUUGGCAAAACUAUUAAUUUCCUUCAUUGCUUGGAUUUCUGGAUACGAUGGUGAAUUUGACUUCUCUGAAGUAGGAAGUAAAUAUCCUAAAGAUGUUCCUUAUGUUCAAAUGCGUGCAUUAGGAGCAUUGUUAGGUUCUUUGGUUGUACCUUUGGCUUAUUUUACUAUUCGCAAUGCUGGACAUUCAAAUGUGGCUGCUAUAAUUACUGCUUUGGCAAUCUGCUUUGAAAAUGGAUUAAUCACAAAUAAUCGACUUAUUUUAUUAGAUUCUUAUUUUUUAUUCUUUACUGCAUUCACUAUCUUUUCAUACAUAAAAUUCUUUAGGCAAAAAUUUUUUAGUCGGAGUUGGUGGACUUGGUUACUUGUUACUGGUAUCAGUUUAGGUUGUACGCUUAGUAGCAAAUGGGUUGGUUUGCUUACUGCUGCAUCCAUUGGACUUUCAACAGCAGAGCAACUCUGGAAACUUUUAGGAAAUACUCAAGUGUCAAUGCGUCAAUGCAUUAUGCAUUUAUUUGCUAGAUGCAUUUGUCUCAUUCUAAUUCCUAUUAUUAUCUAUCUUGGUUCAUUUUAUAUACAUUUUUCUAUUUUAACACAACCUGGUCCCGGAAGUAGCUACAUGACAAUUGAAACACAAAGUGAAUUAAAGGGUAUUCCUCCUAUUGAUACACAAGUUCCUGUGACAUAUGGUUCUCUUAUUACGAUUCGUCAUUUGGAAACUACAGGUGGAUAUCUUCAUUCUCAUUUUGCUUAUUACCCAGAUGGAUCAAAUCAACAACAAGUUACCCUUUACCCUUACAAAGAUAAUAACAAUUGGUGGAGAAUCCUAAAAGCGGAUCCUUCUGUAGAAACACAACAUGAUUUGUUAGCAAAUGACAAUAAAACUUGGUUAGAAUAUGUUCGUGAUGGUGAUAUGGUUCGUCUUGAACAUGUCACAACAGCUCCUCGUAAACUUCAUAGUCAUAAUUUCCCUGCGCCAGUUACCGAUACAGAUUAUCAUAGAGAAGUCAGUGGAUAUGGGUUUGUUAAUUAUACAGGAGAUUCAAAUGAUUUUUGGCGUGUUCAAAUAUUGAAAAAUACAAAGUCUCCUGAAGCUAAUCAACGACUAGAGGCGCGUCGUAGUCAAUUUCGUCUAUUUCAUUCUAAUCAAGAAUGCCAUCUUUAUUCAAACUUUGAAAAAUUACCAGAAUGGGGCUUUGGGCAACAAGAGGUCUCAUGUAUCAUAGAUGGCUUACGCCCUCGAACCAUGUGGAUGAUAGACGAGACAGAAAACGAGUUAUUGCCUGAUGACGUUCCUAUCGAACCAGAGCACCGUCCCAACUUUUUUGAAAAACUUGUACAUCUUCAUAAGGCUAUGUGGUUGAGUCAAAAAUACAUGAACGAUGAUCAUCCUUACCGUUCCAAGCCUUCAGCUUGGCCAUUACUUCAGACUAAAAUUGCAUUUUGGUUCUCAGAUACAACACAGAUCUUUUUGUUUGGUAAUCCCUUUGUAUAUUGGGCAUCCACCGCCGUUACCUUAACUUGCAUCACUCUCUUUAUCAUUUUCCAGAUAACUGAUAAACGUGGCUAUCGUCUUGGUCCAUAUUAUGGUCAUCUACGUGUCCUUUAUGGAAGAUCAGCAGGAUUCUUUGUCUGUGGCUGGAUAUUACAUUAUUUCCCAUUUUAUUUCAUACAAGAACAUCAACUCUUUUUACAUCAUUACAUGCCUGCACUUUAUUUUGCUGUCUUGACAUUGGGUGUAUGUACAGAAUUUAUCAUGAACGUCAUCACACGCUCUGCUGUUAUUCGUCUUAUUUUGGCAGGUCUCAUAAGUACUUGUAUCCUCUCUACUUAUUUUGUUUUUACUCCUAUUACCUAUGGUGAACCAUGGACAGUGGCUGCAUGUGAGAGGGCAACAAGUUCCUAUGGUUGGGACCUAAAAUGCAAUCGAUAUGCUCCUCUUCAUUCUUUUGAUAGAACUCAAUUCAUUAUGCAAGAAACAGAGUCAAGUGAAAAAGAUGAAGAACAUUCAUAUACUGCCUUUAUGGAUAAGAAUGUGCAUUUUGUUGAUCAACCACCUAAGAGUGAAAAAGAAGAUCUAAUUGAAUACAGUCAAGAGCUAUUUGAGUCUGAUGCGUUUGAAGAAGGAGAAGAAGAAGAGGAAGAAGAUAUUGAAGAAGAAGAUAAUGAAGAAGAAGAAGACAUUGAAGAAGAAGAAGAAGAAGACAUUUUAGAUGAACCCACGGAAGCACCUAUUAUUGAAGAGCCUGAACCACAAUUUAUUGAUGGUAAAGAAGUCUUUGGUGAUGAUGACGAUGAUGAUGAAUGGCCAAAAACUCAAUUUGGCGUUGAUCCCGAGCUGGAUGAAGAUGAAGAACCUACGCCUUUAACAACAAGAGAAAUUCCUAUUACUAGAUACGAAUAAUAUAUUGAUAAAUAGCUUCGUAUAAAUUAAUGUAUUAUAUAAUUUUACAUAUAAAUAUUAUUAUUUUCAUUUGUAUUUAUACAUUUAUAUACAUUUAUAUUUUUUUUUUCAAAUAUUUAUAUUAUAUAAUGCAAGUAUGUUAAGGGUAAUGAAUAUAUCUUAUCAAGUGCCCCAUUCAUCAUCAGAAUUAGCAUCUGCU